AUGAAAGUGAUAAAGAGACGCAGAGUGAUCAAAUCCUGCAAAUACUGUUAUGAGCACAAGCUAAAAUGCGAUAAAGUAAAACCUUGUAAUAACUGCGUUCGUCUGGGGGUUACUCAUGAGUGCAUAUACGGUUUCAACAAGAAAGAAUAUCUUUCAAGUGUCAGUCCCAGUCGAAAAACUGUCCAACCAAAGCGAUCAAAUCCCGAGGAAUUUAAAACGACGGGGUAUUACCCCUAUUUCUCGAAUGAGCUGGGUUCAAAGAUUGCGUCCUCGUCUGCUUUGGAGAAGAAAAAAGGAUCAACACGAAGGAAUGCCAUAACGAAAUUAGAAAGACUGUCGACAAAGAGGCUGUUACCAGAAGAAAUAUACGGCUUAAUACCGGCUAAAAAAAACUUUAACUUCAUUCUCGAGUCAUACUUUCAGCGAAUAAAUCCCAUAAUUCCACUGCUUGAAAGAGAAGAUGUCGAGGUAAGUUUGAGCGUAUUUUUCGAGAAACCAGACGUUGCCAAUAAUGAAAAACAUCCAAAACUUCUUCAACUUUUCACAAUUUUGUUUUCUGUUGCCUAUGCUAAUGUUGCUGAGGAGCAAAUUCCAGAUCUUUUUUUGUCAGAGAAAUAUUAUAGUGCUUUCCAAACGUUAGUGGACUGGUGUCAAUUUCCAAUUAAACCGUCUGUGGAGCUUCUUAGAUGUCUUUUAAUCGUCAAUUUUGUAAUUGAUCCGAACAUGGUUGAGACGCUAGGUCUUUCUGCGAUCUUAUUACGACAAGCACAGCAAUUGGGGUUAAAUUUCCCAAAGAGUGAUUUUGACGCUGAUGGUUUCCAUGCCACAUCAAAAGCAGGGUUCGGGCUAUUAUGGAAUUACAUACUCUUUUUUGAGGGUUCCUCUUCAGUAGUAGCUGGAUUAGCGUUUAUGAGUGCAGAGGACCAACCUCGACCUAUCCUCCUAACUGAAAACAGCUCUACGAAUGGCAAUAUUGCUGUGCCGUAUGCUCGAGGCAGAUUCCUCAUAAACGACUUAUAUCGCCCAGUUAUGGCGUUGAAAAAUGGUGUGUGCGGGGCAAGUCAGUCAAUUCUUGAUGAUAUUGAUUCCAGGUUGCAGAAAGCUUACGGAAAAAUAGAGGGUCUGUGUUCUCUUAUUCAGAAAAACGAGGACGAAGGGGAGUACUUUUCGAGCACUCUGAAGAUUUUUCUUUUGCGCUUCCAAUUGAGGUAUAUGGCAAUAACAAACCAAAGGCCCAAAGAGCCUUCAAGUCCUGUUCAUGAUGCCUAUAAAAAGGGCCGCUUUAAUAAGGGAAUUCUCGAGGUUCUUACUGAGGGAAAAGCAUUUGAAGACAAGACCGUGCGACUAUCAUUUGCGCUACUUUUCUUCACAUUGAAAAGGCUUCUUUCAGGGAGCUGUUACAAGUAUGCUUGGUAUAGCAAGGGCUCAACUGUGAUGCAAUACCUUUUUGUGGUGAUCAAAGACAUCUUCAGCUUUCCAAAGAAGGGAUAUCAUCUUCAAUAUUACUGCGAAGAACUAAAAAUGUUUCUGUCUCCUGACAUCAAAGAAUGCCUAGAAGCGGACCCUGUCAUGUACAAAUAUUUGCUCAUAGAGCAGUUGAUGAAAGUUUUAGAAAUAAAGUUGGCGCCUUUAUGGAAUGACAAUGAUAUAAAUGCGUUUUCACUAGUGAAAAAGGUGAAAAGGGAGAUUUGGAGCUCAGAAGUGGUCCGUGAAUUUCGAGAUUCGCAUGAUGAAGGUCGCCUGCUUGGAUGCAGCAUCUUUAAAAAGGCUCUCAAUCACAUAGAUUCAAUUCAAAGUAUUGACUUCGAAGAGUGCUUAAAGCAAUGGGAAAUGGACAAAGCGGCUUUGAAUUUAGAGGGUAUCCUCAUGAACUGGAUAUCAGAGGUGUGA